UCAGCUGCUGCAGACUGGGGCUCUGGGUGCCUCCAGCCCUCCAGACGAGACUUCUCACAGACAGAGAGCAAUUUCUGCUUUCAGGACUCCUACACCUGCUCUGCUGCGCUCAUCCUCUGAUCACAAUAUUUUUUUGAGACGAGAUUCUCACUGAGGGGAAACUUUGCGCUGCAGGGCUACAGGUGAGACUGAGAGGAGAAGACAAGUAAACAUUUUUUGGAAAAUGAAGCUUGAAGUUUUCUCUGCACUUCACUUUGUUCAGAAGCCAUUGGAGUUGUGCAUGGACGCCGAGGCAAGUGUCCCGUCUCCUCUGUCCGGAGACGAGCUGGGCUCUGACGGGGACUGCGUGGCCAACAGCCCGGCACCUGUCACCCAGAGCGGCGACGGCAGUAAGGGAAAACCCUACACCCGUAGACCCAAGCCUCCUUACUCUUACAUUGCUCUGAUCGCCAUGGCCAUCCGGGACUCCGGUAGCGGCCGCCUCACCCUGGCAGAGAUCAACGACUAUCUGAUGAAGAAGUUCCCGUUCUUCCGAGGCAGCUACACCGGCUGGAGGAACUCGGUGCGCCACAACCUGUCACUCAACGACUGCUUCCUCAAGGUGCUGCGGGACCCCUCCAGACCCUGGGGCAAGGACAACUACUGGAUGCUCAACCCGCACAGCGAGUACACCUUCGCUGACGGUGUGUUCCGCCGCAGGAGGAAGCGCAUUGCCAAGAGGCCCCCUAAGGAGCAGGAGAGCCCGGACAUCCACACCCACAGCGAAGACACCCGCCUCCCCGUCCCGGAGGAGAGGGUGGGGGCCAAGUUCUCCAGCUCCUUCGCCAUUGACAGCAUCCUCAGCAAACCCUUCAAAAGGAGGGAGGAUGGCCACGAUUCAGACAGUAGCAGCAACCCGAGCCCCCGGCUCUACUGGCCCCCGGGGACCCACAUACUGCCUUACACUCUGAACUAUCCGGCAGCUCUUGGCCCUGCGCAGCACACAUACCAGAGCCUGUCAGAGGCAGGUUACAGCACAGAGCCCAGCAGGGAUGCACUUACAUACCUCCAGCAGACAUCACAGGGUAUGGCCAGUCCAGAGGCCAGCCUGCCCUCCCUGAAGAUGCCCAAGAUGCGCUGCGCAAGUUUCCAUAUAGACUCCUUGCUUUCGUAAUGCCACGCCACUGGACUGCUGUCAGACCUGUAUCUUUCUAUCCAUGUGCACUUUUGUGGGCGCUCUUAGCUUUCAGUGCUUUAGCUUAACUAUUUGGGACUGUGUAUCAUGAUGACUACUGUAAGUCAUUUUUGCAGUGAAUAAACAUGGUGUGUUGUCAAGCCUAUAGACCUAGCUUUGUGGUAGCCUAAAUAAGACGAAGCAAGUUAGUUGCGGUUAUUGUAACAGGACAUUCCACUGUGUGCGUGCGUGUGUGUUAGAGUGAGAGUGUGUAUUUGUGUUUUUUCAUGGUUCAUUGGUCAUUUCUACUGUAUAACGGCGACUAAGUGCCAAAUGUUGAAAAAUAAAACUAUUAAUCUAUUUAUAUUUUGAUGUUUUGUAUGACCUGCUGUAUAAAAUAUUAUUGUAUAUAAGAUAUUGUUGCAUAUUGACCAAGCUGCGAUGAGAUUCACCAUGCUCCUCUGUGGCUG